AUGAAAAAAUCUGCUAUCUAAUAAAUAGGUUAGGACACAGUUGAUAUAUAAUCUAUUUGGUUGUAACUUAAGCUAACUAGGGAUAAAAGGAAUUAAAUAUUUACUACUCUUUAUAAUCUUAUUAGAAAAUAAAUUCCAAGCCAGCAAAUGAAUUUUUUAAUUGAAAUUUUUGAAAAAUCUCUUUGCUUUGAUGAGAAGCUAAGCUCUUUAAAGAAAAAGGUUAACUAACGUUUUCUUAGGUUUGACCAAUAGCAAAAGCCAUUAUACCUAAUUGAUCAACAAACAUGUAGUGCAUUCAUAUCACUAACUAAUAUUGGAUAAAUUGUUAUGGUUUCUAACAAUUUUGAGAAAGUUGUACCUAUUUUUAGUAAUAGCGAAAGUAUAGGUAAAAACAUUAACUUUAUGUAACCUUCAGCAGUAAGUCAAUUUCAUGAUAAAAUUCUAAAUAACUACUUAACUAAAAUCAGAAGUUAAAAAAGCUAACUCUCAUUGAGUCCUAUAAUAGGAAUCGAUAGAGAAGGAUGGGCAAUACCUUAUGACAUCAAGCUUCAACCAUGCUUAAUAGAAUCAAAGGAUUUUGGUAUAUGUGCCUAAAUUAAGCAAAUAGAAGGGUUGAAUAUGUUUUUAUUAGUUGACUAAAAAGACUUUAGAAUAAUUUGCAAUUCCUAAGAAUUCUACAAUUAGAUUCUAUCUAAAGUUGUCUCAAAAAAAUAAUUGCAAGACAUAAAUAUUAGCAAACUUAUUCCAUCUUUGAGGCUAAUUCUUUCAAAGAAUUACAAAGAAGGUGAAAACUUUCAGACUACAUUUUCAACAAUAAUGAUAAAGCCAUAAGAUAAAUCAGAAAUAGCAAGUUUAAACGAAUUUAUAUUGAAGCAAGGAAAUUUGAAUUAACUUUUAGAAUUUGAUUUAUUUUCUAUUAAAGGAAAAUUAUAUUCUAUUUCUAACCAUUAUAUUCAAUUACUAUAAAUUGAGAUAGAAGAUAUGAUGCAUCUAAGUGAUUAAAAUACUAAAAUUGAAGAAAUCAAAAGUAUCCAACAGCAGAUAAUCUCGAAUAAAGAUUAUUAUGAACAAAUUUAUUCAGAAGAAAAAACCCACUCAUUAGAAUUCUUAUCUAACAAAUAUUUAAAUAGCUAAUCUAGUCCCAUUCUAUAAAAUAAAAUAAGUUUAGAAAAAUAAACUUAAAUUUAGAGCAGCAAAGAAUAGCAAAAUUAUACUAUAAAUUAGUUAACAUCUCAAGCGAACUAAAUUAAUCCAUACUCCUAAAAUAACGAUUUACAAAAUGAAUUAUCAGCUAAUUAGCUAUCUUUUAUACAAGAAAUUAAUUAUGAAAAUAGCAACCAAUAUUACCAGGCCGAAGAUGAAUUCUAAUUCACUAAAAUUUUAUCACCUUAGACAAGUAUAAAUCUAAUAAAUAAACAAGUAGGUUAACAGAUCGUUUAAGAUGAAAAAGACAAUUCGCUUUUAUAUGACAAUAAAAUGAGUUUCCUUUCACAAUAAAAGAGAUUUGUAUUUCAAAAUAGAAAGUAGCAAAGUACAUUUGAAGGUACAAAAUAAUCAGCAGAUACCUUUCAGGCUUAGCAAACAAAACUUAGUUCGUGCAAUCUACUGCAGCAAUAGGGUUUAUUGUCUACUUCAAGAAAUAAUAAUUUUAUUAGUAAUAAUCCUUAACAGGUUAGUUAAAAAGAUAGCACAAUGAGAGAUUCGUUAUCUCGUUAAAUUGAAUAAAUAAACAUUAAAUAAGACAUACAUGUAGAGGGAAGCGUGCAAACAUCUUAGUCUGGUAGGACAUCUUUUAGAAAAUCAAUAAUUGAAAGCAUUUAAGCACCAUUAAAGAUAAAAGGACUUACACUUGUCAAAUUAACUUGGAGUAUUGCUUUUUUUGGGUUUCUAAUACUAAAUAUCUUUAACUAUUACUCUUUAGGCUAAAGCUUAAAAACUUAAAAAUCAUAGUAUAAAUAUAUAGAUUGGGGCUCUAAGUUACUAACUACUCUAAGCUAAUCAAUAUGUGACUAAAUGUUAAUGCAAGCACUUUCUAUUCCUUAUUUCUAACCUAAACAAGAUACUUAGAAAAAUAUUAUUAAAAAUAUAUAAAGUAAAUAAAUCCAAAGACAUCAAAUUAUGAAAUAGUUAAUGAUUGAUUAUGUAAAUUCUGAUAAAUCUGAGUCAGAUACUUUUUCAUUUGCUAUGGAUUAUCAUCAAACAUUCACAUUUGCAUUUACUACAGUAAGAAUUGAAAAUUAUUAUUUAGGCUUUGGCUACAUUUAAGAAGCUCUAUUUGCAUAUAUGUAUUAGCAAGUAUACUCUCUUGAUCCCCUUGGACAGAAUUCAUUGUAAAUUAGUUUGAAUUAUGUAAACACAACUAACUCAGUCUAAGCUAUUCAAAAUUAUGUUAACGCUAAAUUAAAUGACAAUUUUGAUAGCACUAUAAGAUAGGAGUUCAUAUCAAUGACUAUUAUACUAGUGACUUCUAUUAUUUUUUCAGUUAGUUUUAUCCCUAUUUAUUCCUUAAUCUAAAGUAAGAGGCAAGAAAUCCUAAUUCUAUUUACGACUUUCCCACCAAAUAAGCUCAUGUUUUUACUUAGUGAAACUAUUAACUAUAUAAAUAUUCUCUAGAUUAGUGAAGAGAAAUUAAAUAGAAAUCAAAAUAAUCACAAAAAGAAGGACUUAGCUAAAUCUUAUGGACAGGCAAACAAUAUAGACGUCAAGAACUUAAUUAAAAAGAAAAAGAAUAUUAGCACAUUUAAUCGUUUACCCAGAUUCGAUUUUAAAAUUUUAUUAUAUUCAGCUCUGUUCUUUGUUUUAGUAUAAAUACAUUCAAUGACAAGUUACUUUUUAGUCAAAGAUUUUUUUACCUCAGAGAGAUCCAACAGAUAAUUUAUAAAUGACUUUUUGAAUGUUACAGAUUUUUCUUCUAAUGUUAAUAUUGUAAGAAUACCUUUGGUUCUAUUAACGCUUGCUUAAAAUAAAGAAUUAUUAGCUUUGUAUAUUGCUCGUGGUGAAACUAACUUAAGUAGAGUGAGUUUAGAACUGAAUUUACUAUACUCUGUUGUAGAUAAUUAUUAUUCUGUUACAAGAUACAAACAAGAUGAAUUUAAUAAAUAUAUCUCUGGUAUAUUGUAGGGAAAUGCAUGCCAAUAAGUUGCUCAAAAUUUAGAUUUACUUACAGAUUCUGGCUUUUCAUUAGAAGAGUGUGAUCAGGCAGCAAAUGGUAUAUUUACUGCAGGUUUAGUCAAAUCUGUUAAACAAGUUUGUGAUCUAUAUGUCUCUAGAAUGCCAGUCUAUUACAUUAAAAAUCUAAAAGUAUUUUUGGGAUCUAUUAUUGAACAAGAAAAAUCAUAUUCAUUUAUUGAUAGCUAUUACUAUAGACUUUAUCUAUUUUAUAUAGUUCAGAGUGUACAGUAGAAAGUAGCCAAUUUAACUUAUGAUCACUAUAACUUAAUGAUUAAUCUAAAUCAUAUUUUGUUAUCCAUUUCACUUGUUAGUUAAAUGUUGGCGAUAGUUAUAGCUUACAUUAAAUUCUUUUAGAAGUAAAUGAACUAGCUUAAGGAAACAAAGCUUCUUCUUGAUUUAGUUGAAAUUCACGCACUAGAAGAGAACUAAUACAUAUUAACUUAUUUCAAAUUAUCUAAAUGA